AUGAGAUGGAUUUUUCUGAUUUUUACUACCUUAGGUUCAUUUCUACCCAGUCAUGUAUUCACCAAACAUAAACCACUCUAUUCUUAUGAUAAUUCUAUGCUUGUUCUUCUUCAUCCGUUUGAUCCAAAUCUCCUCAAGUCCUUAGAUGCUUUAGCUGAUUAUUCUCGGAUAUCAGUGUACGAGAUGCUUAUGUAUUUAGAUCAGAAGAAGUUAAAAGACAAUCCACUGUAUAACAACUCUGCAUGCGUUGUCGACGUGACAUCGAUUGUUUAUGGAAUCAUCCGAUCAAACGAAGAGGCAGUGAAGUGGUUGGAUGCUGCAGGCAAGAUUGUUCCUGGUGUUUCUGGUGGUGGUAUCAACUGGUUGGGAAGCAUGGAAUUGUGUCGAAAUAUCACAGAUUUUAGCUACAGUUUAUCCCAACAUGUCCGAGGAAAGUAUUGUUCCACAUACGUGAAACUUCCUUCAGCGGGAGAUCUUCCUGAGAAGAUGUCAUUCGAACUAAAUUAUGGAGUGUGCAUCCCUCACACUUGUACGAAGGAUGAUUUGAUUUGGCUUCUAGAUAUGGUGUUUUCCAAGGUAAAUUUAUCCAUAGAUAGGUCCACAAGCUUCUGUCAUGCGAAUUUUGGAGAACUACCUAAAGAUAGUUGGUUUUGGGUAGCAAUGUCUGUAUUAGUUAUCAUGAUCUCUCUUCUAAUAAGCGGAACUGUUGUAGAUUUAGUUCUGUGGUGUAGCUUAAAUUAUCGUAUUUGUGAACUUUCGUAUGACAGAUUGAUAAAUGUCAGUAUGCCAGCAGAAGCAUCUACUUCCAGUAGAGCUAUUACUAAUUGUGGAGAGACCACUGAGGAGGAAAAUAUGCUGGAACAGACUACAUCUAACCACCUUAGCACACAUAGGCUAUCAUAUCUUGAACAUCGAUCAAAUAUUUUGUCAAAUAUAAAUCCAUGUAUUAAAUACAUUGCAACUUAUUCUGUUCCCUAUAAUACGUGGCAUCUUUGGAACUCCAAACAAAAUCGAGUUCUAAAUACAUCAGGUCAGCGCUGUAGUCAUCCGUUAAUGUGCUUGGAUGGGAUUCGAUUUUUAACCAUGAAUUGGAUAAUUUAUGGACAUUGUAUAGCAUUCAGCAUGUUUGUUGCAAACAACAUGCUACUUUUCUCACAAAUUCACCAGCCAAAAUGGAGCUAUCAAGUAAUAAUUAGUGCAACUCUAUCUGUGGAUACGUUCUUCUUCAUGUCAGGCUUAUUAUCUACUUAUCUCACCAUUCCAAAACUUCGACGAAUACCCAGUUGGAAACAUUGGAUAAAAUUUUGGUGUGAUUUCGUAUUUCAUCGUAUUUUACGUUUAACUCCAGCUUAUCUUUUAGUUUUGAUAUUGUACACUGGAUUAUUUAUUCAUGCUUAUGUUGGUCCAAUGUAUCCACAAACUCCCAAUUUGAUGGAUGUUAAAUUUUGUCGUGAUCAUUGGUGGGUAACAUAUUUGAAUAAUUUUAUAUAUUCGGAUGAAUUAUGCAUGGGAUGGUCAUGGUAUUUAUCCAAUGAAAUUCAGUUUUCAAUUGUAUUAUCUCCAAUAUUCUUAUCUUUAAUAGCAUGGAAUGAUACCAUUGGUGUAUUGUUUGGUAUUGGACUUGUAAUUUCCAGUAUCGGAUCUACAUUUGGCAUAUCUUAUGCGAAUGAUUAUUUACCUGGUUCACUAUCUCUUUCAUCAUUCACAACUAUUUACCUCAAACCGUAUACACGUUGGAGUACUUAUGCUAUUGGUCUUUUAUUGGGCUGGUUCCUCGAAAGACACAUCAAUAUUUUGAAGAAUGUGAAUUCUAAAACGAAGGUUUUGAUUGGUUUGAUUGGUGUAUGCCUGUCAUCGAUAUUCUGUGUAUCUACUGUAUACGGAUUGUAUGGAUUACUAAGUGGGAAGGUUGAACCAUUUACAACGUUUGGAGCUGCAACCUAUACAGCAUUUCAUCGACCUAUUUUUAUUCUCGGUAUUGCAAUCGUUGUAUCGAUAUGUGCUCUUGGUUGUGGUGGUCCGAUUCAAUGGAUACUCACAUUGUCUGUAUUCCGUGUUCCUUCACGGUUGACAUAUACAGCUUAUCUUGUACAUCCGAUAGUGAUUCUAUUCAUCGCUUUAGGAAGUCAAAACCCAAUAUUGCUGGAUGAUCUGCAUUUGAUAGUUACGUUCUGUGCAGUUCUACCAAUUACCUAUUUCUUGGCAUACUUGGUCACACUAGCAACUGAGUCACCAGUAAUAGCUAUGACACAUGGUUUUGGACGUGAAAAGUCUUCAUCAUCAGAAAUCCACGUAUAUAUAUACAUCUUGAUGGUUUUAUCAGGAUUUUCUCGAACUUUCUCAGAUAUCAGUUGUGGAGAUGGCAGCCUCAGUAGAUCUCUUCAGGAUAGCAAUCAAAACUGUAGCGUGAACAGAGCUUUUGGAAUUUCGAGAGGCAAAUCUAAUUCUAAAACUCCGACGAGAACUCCAUCUCGUGGUGGCCUGGUCUCAGAUGAUCCAAGCAACUCUUUUAAAAGGACACCUAACUCUUCCAUUAAAAAAAUACCAACGGUACACGAAUGUGAUGGUGACAGAUUUAUUCCUAAUAGGUCAUCAACAAACAUGUGCCGAGCGCGGCAUGUAAUUCGAAAAUGCAACGAAGAUCCAUCAAAUGAAGAGGCUGUUGAUUAUCAACAAGCUGUAGCAGAUAGUUUAAAUACUAAUGACUGUCCUGGAAGUCGAAUUCUCCGCUAUAACGCUGCCAUUCGAGAUAGUGGUAAUGUACACUGCCCCACAAAUAGCUCAGUAUCGACUGUAAAGGGACUCUAUAAGCGCGCUAUACCCCAGAUGCCAGAGAAAGUUCUUGAUGCUCCGGACAUUAUUGAUGAUUUUUAUCUUAAUAUUUUGGACUGGUCUGUGGACAAUAUUUUGGCUGUCGCGUUAAAUCAAGAAGUUUAUCUUUGGAACUCAUCUUCAGGAGAUAUCACUUGUCUUAUGUCCUGUGGUUUUGAGGAUGAAUAUGUUUCGAGUUUGGAAUGGUCUCCUGAUUCUCCCAAUAUCAUUGCCAUUGGACUUAGCGCUGGUCGUGUUCAACUUUGGGAUGUUUCCAGCCAGUCACUAGUACGUACGAUGCGACUUGGAGGUGUCAGCUCUGCCGGCCGCGUACCAGCCGUCACUUGGCGUGAAUAUUUAGUUUCCAGUGCAUCUAAAUCAGGACAUAUUAGACAUCACGAUACGCGGAUCGCUCAUCAUGAAGUUGGAGUUAGUGAUUUUCAUACCCAGGAAGUUUGUGGAUUGAGUUGGUCGCCAGAUAAACGUUUCCUUGCAUCAGGAGCAAAUGACAACUUUGUUUGUGUUUGGCCUUUUAGUGAUCUCUCAAAGCCUGAACAUGUGCUUAGAGAUCACCAGGCUGCAGUUAAGGCAUUAUCAUGGUGCCCUUGGAAACCAAAUCUUCUAUGCACAGGUGGAGGAACAUCAGAUCAUACUCUACGCUUUUGGAAUGCAACAACUGGAGCUUGUGUUAAAUCAGUUGAUGUAGUGGCUCAGAUUUCUGGUAUUAUAUGGAAUACAGAAUAUCGUGAGAUUUUAACUAGUCAUGGAGAUCCUCUUAAACAACUGGUUAUAUGGAAAUAUCCAGAAAUCACCAAAGUUACCCACUUAGAACAUCAAGGUCGUGUAUUGUGUAUUGCAUCGUCUCCAAAUGAAGAAAUGGUUGUUAGCUGUGCAUCUGAUGAAACUUUGCGUAUUUGGCAUUGUUUUCAAGUUGAUCAAAAUAAGAAACGUAUUCAUGAAAAAAGUCUACGGCCUUCUGUUUAUGCACGUGGGAUACGGUAA